AUGUCAAGGACAUUGAAGAACUCACUUCUGCCCGUGUUUUGCUUCCAGAAGAUCAAUUACAAGGCCUCAAAGUGUGACCCUGACCUGGCCCCUCCCUUGACACUGGAAGACACGACAGAGGUCCCAGACAUGUCCCCUGAUGUGAGCCCUUUUCCUGUGGUGGAAGUGGACAAAGACAUCUUUCAAAUGAAGCUCAGCAAGGAGUUUCUAGAGACCUCCGGUAUACUGGCUGCAGCUCAGAAGGUGGAGUUCUCAUCCCAGCUGGAGACUGUCCACCUCUACAAGUACUUGCAGGAGCACAAACUCAUGGACACACCUCUGUCAGGUCUGGAGCACAUUGUGGAGAUACAGGAAGGUGAAGGUGCCAGAAGACAUGUUUACUUCUGCUGCAUGUGCUCACAGGUCCUUGGCAACAGGGACGUGGCCAAGAGUCAUGUACAGGGACUUCUGCACAUGGAAACGUAUUGUGGAGUAAACACGUUUCAAAACUCAUCAUAUGCCAUGGCCAGGGGCUCCGUUAGAAAGGAAAUCAUCAUGUUCCAGCUAAAGAAAUAUUAUGAGGAACAUGGCAACCAGGGAAUUAGUGUUGUUGUUGUAAAAAAGGGAAGUGAAUCACAUUUGGCAACAGUAACACAAAACCCAGUCCAGAGUUCACACAAAUUGAAGAAAGUUGACGUAUCUGAUGAUCCAAAAGUGUCUACCUCGAAGACAGAAAAGGAAGUGAAAGAAGGGAAGACCAGCGAGCCAGCUCAGACAGUGAUUGAGCCACGCUUGUUUGACAUCAUAAGACGGAAUGACAGACACAUGCUGAAACCGAUUGUGGGUCUGAUCAAGGUGAUAGAGUACAUGAAUGACGUCCACAUGGAGGAAAAGCCGACAUUCGAGUGUAAGGUCUGCAACCAACGCCUCACCGUGACCAACGUACACCUUCAUCUAACCAGCCAUCCACAUUACAUCAAAUACCUGAUGAAGUUCCACAAGGACCUCGAAUCUGUGAUCAAGGACCAACCCCAGAGGCUGGAGCAGUAUGCGCGCUGGGUUGAUGCCUCGGCGCCGCGUAUGGUCACCCUUGUCAGGAUUGUGGGGUACAACAAUAGAAACGAGCCCCAGUACACAUUUCCUGAGGUGGUUGAAGACAAAAAGUAUUUCUCCCCCUGGGCGGGUAUGUAUACCCUUGACUCUAUAAAGAAAGGACAUGGCAAUAUAAAUACACAGGAAAACACUAAGGCUGAAAUUUUACAAUGUGUAAAAAAAGCAAAAGAAAAAUCAACAGAUAAAUGUUUACUUGGUGUAAUAGAAAGAAAGGAAACUACUAAAGCUAAAAGUGCACAUGUUGAACAAAAAGAAAACAAUAAGACAAUUCGUUUACAUAGUAUAGACAAAGAUUUAGUAAAGGAUGACGCAUCAAAGAAGGAUGCUGUACAGACAGGCAGUGUUGUGGCCCAAAAAGAUGCCCACAAUUUGGAGCUGGAAAAGUGUCUUCAAGCAAAACAUGUGUCAUCUGAUAUACAAGCUAAAUCUGCGAAAAAGAUUGUUAUGCCAGAAAAGCAAGGAUCUGAUUCCGAAAAUGUGAAAUCCAAUAUAGAAUCUGUUGGGAAUACAGUUCUAAACCCAAGUACAGGCAUGAGCAAGCUGUCAUUUAAGAUCAGAAGCAAAUCAGAUAAGGAACCAAAGGCAAAGUUUAAUUGGAAAGAGGAGUAUGAGUUGAUCAAACAGCGUAUUGAAAAGCAGUCGAUUGUCAAAUGCCAGCGCGCCUCCAAGUUCCUUCGAGUGCACGGAUCACGAUCUACCCGCACUCCACUCAUUGGUCUGAAGGAGGUGACAGAGUUCCAGAGACCCGACAUUACUGCUGACCCAUGGUACUUGUGUUUCUUGUGUGAGGAGAGACUGGACUGGCACAGUAUCCUGCAGCAUGUCACCUCAAGAAGCCACAGGCUCGCAUACAUGAAAAAGAACUACCACUACCUUUACGAGCUAGCCACAGGAAGUGGUGGGGAUUCCAUAACUAAGGUUACGGACUAUGCCAGCUUGAUACAGACCACAGAGGACGCUGUAAGAGAGCUUGACGUCAUGCUUGAGAUGGCAAUUGACAGCGAGGACUUGAAGAAAGCCAUGCAAGAUGCAGGGAAGGAUUCAAACAAGGCUAGAAGAAGCAGUAGGAUUCGAGUGCGGCCAUCUCGAUGGAACUGCAGUGAUCAGAUUGUACAAGUAGAAAAUCAUGGGAAAAGUGAAUGUAGAAACAGCAUAGAACAAGACCUUAAUGAGAGACUUGAAAGCAGGAACAGCCAUGAAAGAUUUGAAAGCCAUGAACAAAAUAGUCGUGAAAAGGACACGGGUCCAAAAAGCAAACUGUUCAAAAAGAGUCUAGAAAAGGCCUCUGAACAUGAGACUGAACGGUCUGUGAAAAGAACCAGAUCUGGAGAUCAGACAAUGCCAUCUGCUAAAGUAGAAAUGAAUAUUGAAUAUGAGGAAAGAGUUCAAACUCAUGUGAAUGUGGAAACAUUUAAGAAACAGAGGAAUUCUUCUGAGACUUUUAGAUCUGGAAGUGGACGCAGUGAUGUUGAUGUAUGGCUGGAGGACAAGGAAUAUAACAGCAAGAAUCCGAUAAGAACGCCGCAGAAAAGACCCCACACAUUGUCCAGUGGCCAGAAGGAGAACACUGAGAUAAAGAAGAUCCGGGCUGAAUUCAAAAAUGAACAAAUCAGUCAAUGUGUUUCCAGUGCUCCAGCAGCAAAUGUAACAUUGAAGUCCUUGAAAUCUGACUCGAGCGGUGGCAUGAAGGAAUUUAACAGAAACUUGGAUUUACAGACUGGUGUUCCCACUGGAAUGAUAGUAAUGACAGGCAAAAAUCAAGAUAAUUGGUUUCCUAUUGAGACACAAAAUUCUGCUCCCAGCUUUGAUUCAAGUCAUGAGAACAAAGUUGAAGUUGAAUCGACACAACCCUAUUUCGGCCAACAAUCAGAACUGGGCUUUGUAAAUCCAAAGUUUCAAUCGGGUGAAUAUGUGUUUGAUGACAUUAUGCCAAGAUGCAACACUUGGUCUGGCAAUCCAAUAAGUGCUGGUAGCACACGCAUGACAUAUAACCCUAGCCAAGUCACUGCAAAGACUGCCAAUGUUGUCAGUCCCAUGAAUAGUGCGAACAGUUCAUAUGAUGUAAACCAAUAUAAUUUGGAUUUUAAUGGAAAAGCAAAUGUUCACUCACAAGCAAGAAAGAUGAAGAAAAAGAAUGCAUUGUUAAUGCCAUGUGUUAAAGAAAUCCCAAGAGCAAAGGCUUUGUUAGUAAAAGAAGAAACAUCAUUGAAUAAUGUUCUGAACAGAAUGAAAGAUAACAAUAUCGACAUUCCAAUCAUAGGAGUGGACCUGCUGUGUGAGUUGAGUUGCCCUGACUACGACCUCCCGCCCAUCUACCAAUGUCUGCCGUGUAGCGAUAGAAUGGACGACAUGAAGCCCUCGCUUUAUAGCCCAAACGGUGCCUUCAUGCACUUGAUUAGUGAGGACCAUAAGAUCACUGUGUUGACAGAAAUUUGCAAUGAAGAAUUUAAAACACUUAGCAACAUCGGGAGCAGUAUUAAGUAUGGUCAUUGUGUUGAGAAACUAUGUAGAGAAGUCAUGGCUGGAAAGUAUGGACAGGGACAAGAUGGGCAGGGAAAGUAUGGGCAGGGAAGAGACUAUUAUAAGCAGAAGACCUGUCACAAUCUGACACUGUGGACCACUGUGUAUAAUUCAAAGAUGAUAAGCAUAGCUCUGAAAAAGAAGGAAAUGGAUCAAAGUUCACUUUCUGAUGAGAUGCCAGUUGUUGUCAAGUCAUGUCAGUCUCCCUCUGACUUCUAUGUGGUGUACGAAAAGGACAUUGAGGCAAUGAGGAGCUUCUAUGAAUCCCUUCAAGCGUUCUACGGACAGAAGUAUGAUACAGAUGAUCACAUUCCAGCUAUUAACAUCAUCUGGCAGCUGCGAGCACAGUGUGUUGUGUACCGUAGUCAUGGAAACAAUAUCUUCAGGGACAUUGAGGACCAUGCAUACCACAGGGCUGUCAUUGUUGAAAAGGCUUCUGUCAAACCAGACCUAUACAGGGUAAAGCUAGUGGACCUGGGUUUGGAGUUCUGGCAUGACGCUAGGGAUAUCUACCCCCCAGUAGCAUGCUUCAUGUUGUCUAGGCAGAGCCCGUUUGCUGUCCACUGCAAGUUACAUCAGUUGCAGCCCAUUGGACAAAGUUGGUCAGAUGAAGCCGUUACCAUGGUUAUGAGACCCCAAAAUAUAUUUCCUGGAUCAACUCUAAUGAAACUGCUGUUGAUUCAGAAAUCAAGUGUUGAAAUGUCAAUGGCCGUGUCUCCAAUAGACUUGAUACUGGAUGUGAUCACAACGGGCCAUCCAGGGCCUGCCAGCCGACAGCGCCAUUCCCUCUCUCAGAUACUACUGGAGAAAGGCCUGGCCAGGGUGGAGGCAAGGUACAACAUGGAGAAAGGCCUGGCCAAGGUGGAGGCAAGAGUGACGGAGACUUCAAGUAGGACUUUCAGAAGUCAGAAGGACAGCACAACCAUUCCUAGCAACCAGCCAUCUACAGGGAUUAUCACGGGUUUCCAUGGUGUCAGAAAUAAGAUUGAUCAGGUAACUGAAUGUUUCCCUGGCAACAUUUGUGGCAUUCAACAGGCAGAGAUGGAUAUGUAUGCAGAAAUGAACCAGUUGUAUGGAACAGAUGAUGGCAAACUUAAAGGCAAAACAAUUGGAAGAAAUCGUGAUAAGGGUUUCCCAACAGAAGGGAGUGAAACCUUCAAGGCACAACAGUUAAGUAAAAGAGAUCACACCAGUUAUUGUCUCGGACCUAAGACGUAUGCCACAAGACUUGGACCUAAGACGCAUGCAAGAAAAGGAGAUGGAGCUAAGAGGCGUGCUAGAAUUAAUACUUGUGUAAAUGCUCUGGAUGACCAUGGUAAAGUGAGAGUGGAUGACAAGUCUAAAGUGAGAGUGGCUGACAAGUGUAAAGUGAGAGUGGAUGACAAGUGUAAAGUGAGAGUGGAUAACAAGUGUAAAGUGAGAGUGGAUGACAAGUGUAAAGUGAGAGUGGAAGACAAGUGUAAAGUGAGAGUAGAUGACAAGAGUAAAGUGAGAGUGGAUGACAAGUGUAAAGUGAGAGUGGAUGACAAGUGUAUAGUGAGAGUGGAACUUAAUGAAGAACUGAAAUCGACAGACACUGAAAUUGAAUUGGCAAUUGGUGGAAGUGAUUACAAAGAAAUCCCUGUGCACGCAACUAAGAGUAUGGUUAAUGCAGAAAAGCAUGAGAAAACUAGUAAGCAGCCUAUUGAAGUCACACAGGUACAAGCAAAACAUGAACAGCCCAACAGAAAGCUUGUGGAUAGCAAAGUGAGAAGAAGUGAGAGUUUGCAUCAUGAAGUGGAUAAUAUAAGGAGUAACUGUAUGUCACUUGAAGUUGUUAUAAAUGAAUUGCCUGAUUCAACAGCUAGCUCUGUGUUUGACAAACUUACCAGCACAGAUGAUGAUGACAUGGUUCUUCUGUCAGAAAGUGAACUGGAGGCGCUAGAAUCAGAAAUGGCUGCCAACUUUGAUAGUGACUGGGAUUGAUACAGGACACAUGUUAUUUAGCGAGUUAUAAAACUAACAUAUGGACUUGGCUAUGGAAAAACGGGGUUUAAUGCAUGAGUGUAAAGUGUUGUCCCAGAUCAGCCUGUGCCAUCCACACAAACAGUUUUUGCUUUUAUUGUUUAUGUUUAAGGAAGUCUUUGUUUGCAGAAAUCCGUUUCAGGUGGAAAGUGUCGUCCCUGAUUUGCCUGUGCAGACUGCACAUACACAGGCAUUCAACCCAGAUUUCCUAGUGCAGACUGCACAUGCACAGGCAUUCAACCCAGAUUUCCUAGUGCAGACAGCACAUGCACAGGCAUUCAACCCAGAUUUCCUAGUGCAGACUGCACAUGCACAGGCAUUCAACCCAGAUUUCCUAGUGCAGACUGCACAUGCACAGGCAUUCAACCUAGAUUUCCUAGUGCAGACUGCACAGGCAUUCAACCCAGAUUUCCUAGUGCAGACUGCACAUGCACAGGCAUUCAACCCAGAUUUCCUAGUGCAGACUGCACGUGCACAGGCAUUCAACCCAGAUUUCCUAGUGCAGACUGCACAUGUACAGGCAUUCAACCCAGAUUUCCAAGUGCAGACUGCACAUGCACAGGCAUUCAACCCAGAUUUCCUAGUGCAGACUGCACAUGCACAGGCAUUCAACCUUGAUUUCCUACUGCAGACUGCACAUACACAGGCAUUCAACCCAGAUUUCCUAGUGCAGACUGCACAUGUAAAGGCAUUCAACCCAGAUUUCCUAGUGGAGGGCUCAUAUAAAAGAGUAGUUUACUUUACACAGAUCAAUGCCUCUGUUUGAAAUCUUAUGUUUUUGUAUUUAAUAUAUGUAAGAAUUAUGUACCUUAGUUUUUUCAUUUUGAAAAGCCAUUAAAAGACAUAUAUGUGUAUGCAAGAAUCAAAUUGGAUUCUCUGAAUCUACAAGCUUUCCACAAGCAAUAUUGGCUCUUGUUACUUUGUCACAGUGCAAAUAUAUUGUAUUUGCUCAUUCUUUUUGCCCCUUAUAUAUUUAUGUUGUCUGACAAGCUGAUGAGAAAAGGUCUGAAUUUACUUCAAAGGAAAUCAUUCUUUAAUAUCUUUUUGUAUUGUUUUAUGCCUCAGUUUAAUGUCUGCAUUACAUGAUUUUAUUUCCUUUUUUAAUAAAUUUGUGCGCAUCUUAGUUUAGCUAUUUUAAGGAAUGUACAUACAAGUAUAUGACAUUUGUUAUGAAAGCAAGUACUACCACAUUUUACUUAAUAAUGAUGUUUAUAAAAUGUGUUGCAUAUGCUCAAAAUACGUUCAUAUUGAUUGUAUUUCAUGUAAGCUGCAAUAUUUUCAGAUAUUGAGGACAUUGUUUUAUACUUUUUAGCUUUAAUGUUAUUGUUCUGUUUUUGUUACUGCUUUUUUUAUUAUGAUUCAAUCUUUUUUGUCAAGAACAAUAAUACACAUGCACCUUGUAUUUAUAGGUCCCUGUGUGUUUAGUAUCUCAUAUUCUUUGUUAUAGAUGUAAAUAAAUAUUUUAGAACAUGCAAAAUGUAAUGUAUCAUAAAAAUUGUUUUAAAUGCAUACCAGUGUGCGAUAACAAGUAUGUAUCGAGGAUAGUGAAAGGAAAAGAAACUUGCUUUAAAGGGAUACACCUUGUUCCAAUCAAACAAUGAUGUAUGAUGUCAUCAACAAUCCUGUAUAUAAAUUAUAAAAAAUUG